AUGUUUCAAUUUUUCUUUGACCAGCUUGGAGAGAUUAUUGUAGCGACCAUCUUCAUAACGAUUUAUGAGUUGUAUCUUCUUAAAAAACCAAAAGAUAUAAAAGGAAAUGUAGUUCUGAUAACAGGCGCUGGCGGGGGCAUUGGAAGGCAAUUGGCCCUCAAGUUCGCUGCUCAUAAAACUAAACUGGCUUUGUUGGACAUCGACAAAAGCAGAUGUGACGAGACGGCAAGUGAGGUGAGAGCACUAGGCAGCACAUGCUACUCGUAUGAAUGUGAUGUUUCCAUCCAGGAAGCAGUGGCAAGUGUAGCUCGGCUGGUACGUCGGGAUCUGGGAGAAGUGGAUAUCGUGGUUAACAAUCCAUGCCGCAUUGACCCAGCAUCUCAUGCUAACUUGAAAGGAGAGGAAUCUCAACCAUUUAGUUUUACAAAUAUUUUCGGAUCUCUCUGGAUAAUCGGAGAAUUUCUGCCAGUAAUGAACGCCAGGAAGAAAGGUCACAUAGUGAACAUUUUCAAAACUGUGGCAUACUUCUUAGUGGAUUAUGUACUAACGAAAUUCGGCAUACGGGGCAUGUCAGAGUCACUGGCAGAGGACUUCGUAGCCCACAAAAAAUUUGGCAUCCACAUCUCUAUCGUCUACCCAACUGAUGUUGACUCUCAAUUGUUCAGAAAAGUAACCUUCGCCAAAAACUUCACCCCACUCAGUGUGGAAACUGCAGUGGACAUAAUGAUGGAAGACAUCCUAGCCAACCGGAAACAUAUCUUCGUGCCAAACAAUCUCUGGAGGGCAAAGGCUAUAAAUAAGUAA